AUGCAUCAUUUGGCAGUACAAGUCUCCCUCCUAAAAACAGAGAACAAGCACCUCAGAGAGGCCUUUAUUAAUGAAAAGAAGAAGAAGAAGCAUGGUAAAGCCCUUAUCUUCCCUGUUCCUCAGCAGAAGACUAGCGGAGCCACUUUCUAUUCACCAAAGAAGAUCCAGUAG